AUGGGAGCCUGCUUUGCAAAAAAGGCUGACAGAGAAGCUGGAAUACAGUAACAGAUAUAAAAAACUAUCAUCGAAUAACAGAAACUUAAAGAGGAGGAGGAAGAAAUCCAGUUCAAUUAAGGAAACAAAGACUACUCAACUAAGCGAUCAAUUCAUGCAGUUUAAACCACUAUGUACACUAAUCAAGAGAAACAAGAUGAUGGAAUGACUGACAUAAUUUAGGAAGAAGAAAAAUAAACAGAAAAACCUGCAAAGAAGACCAAGUCUAAACCUACAAAAGACGAUAUAAAUUAUUACAAGAAAUAUGAACAUGUCUUGCAUUUGAAGGCAAUAAUUGUAGAAUUGGUUAAGAAUCAGGUCAGUCAUUACUACUCCUUAAUGAUGAGAGUGGAUUACAAGGAUUAUAUUGGAGAAGUAAAAAUGAAUGGGGUCCUCAUUACUUCCAGCGACUUUCAUUAUUUCGAUAUUUUACCCGAAAAAUUCAGUGAUGCAAACCAGUACUCAAGGUUCUCUACCUUCUUCUCCAAUGACAAUUAUUUUAAUGCAGAUAAAGAAAGCGUUAACAAUUUUAAUGCAUUUGAAAAACUCUUACCAGUGGAAAGGUUAGUAAGAAUUAGGUAGGCAGAAAAGAGAGUCCGUAGGAAAUAGACUAUUUUUGCAGAGAAGGAAUCUCCCUCUCCAGUUAAGAAUAAAUAGGAAUUCAUUGAUUCUAGACAGUAAGAAAUGCUGGAAGUCAUAACGAUUGUGGACAUUGAAGAAUAAGAAAGAUUCUAAUGUCUCUUAUUCCAUACUCUAGUACAACAACAAUUUCCAGAACUCAACCAUUACCUAGUUUUCAUACACAAUACUACCUUUCUCUUCGAUAGACCUCCUUAGUUUGAUGCUCCAAAUAUCUAUCGAAUUGCAUUAUUCUAUGAUAGAUUAGAUUAUUCAUUGAAGGAUUUGCAAACAGCUCUGACUAAGGAUAAUAAAGAACUAUCACCUCAUUUACAUCGAAAACUAGCUCUAAAUUUACUUCAGAUAAUACAUAAUUGCUAUUCAAGAUAUAUUUUUCGACUUAAUUUUACACUUUCUACUAUCUUUUAUUGUGCAAAGAGUAAAGUGUUUAAAUUGGAAUCCUUUGGAAGGUUAAAGAGUAUGAUUCCCUUCCACAACAAUCAGGAGAUGUUAUUGAAGAGUGUCGAAGAGAAAAAGUUUACAGCUUUUAGAAAGGCGUUGAAAAGAGAUUUAUUCGCCGUUUGUGAUUUGAUUAUUUACUUCAAGAAAAUUGAGUAGACCCCUUUAAGAUCCAUAUAAGCAUUGAGAAAAAAGUUCUUAAAGGUGAUAGAUGGAGGGAAUGAUACUUAGGAAUAAAAUGAUAGUUACCUUCACAUGGCAGAGGAGCGGUUUAGUCAUAAUUCGGAUCAGUAUUUAUUUGAAUUUGUGAAAAUGGUUCUCUAUACAACAAAAAUAGAUUCAACAGAAAAAAUUUUGCAAAAUCUUCAAUCCAUAAUCGAAUCUUUGUCAAAACAAAUAUCUAGUUAUGAAUUCAAAUUAGAAUUCCAAGAUGAUGAUAAAAAUAAACAAGCUGAGAGUCCCAAGAAAAAUGAACAAGCUGAUGUUAUCAAUUUAGAGGAGAUCAAUUUAAGUCAAUCUGAUAUAUCUAAUGAAGAAAACACUAAUGAAAAUUAUUUGUAAUCCUUUGAUAUCGAUUUUUAAAAACUAUACCAGAAUGUUGCAAAAAAUAAGGAGCAAUUGAGUGAAGCAGAAUCUAUCUAUAAAGAUAUUCUGUAUCAAUCACUCUUUUAUCACAAUGAAUUUUACUUUGAUGAAUUAAAUAAAAAAUUAAAUGUUUAGAGUCUAAACAAAUUGCAAUAAACUUAGAUUGUUGUUUUGAAUGCUUUUAGUAGAAUCAAGAUGAUGAAAGACGAUUCCUGGGAAGUCAAAUCUCAAUAGUUAUCACAACUUAUGGAAGAAGCCAUCCUUAUCAUGAAUAGUAUCAAUGAAGAUAGUUACGAUAACUUUCAUAUUUCAAUGUUAUUUCAAAUAUUAUCCAUUUCACAGAGGAAACCCUUAGUAAUCUUAAAUUAGUUGUAAAGGUGCAUGACAAAGUAAUUAGAAUUAAAAUUGAAGGUAAACAACAGAUUUAGAGGUAAAAAUGCCCCAAAAGGAUUGAUUGAGCAAAAGAAGUAUGUGAUGGUGUAAACUAUGUAUGCUCAAUCAUAUUUGAAUUCCAAUCAUUAUUUUGAAGCCAUUACAAAAGUUUAAAAAAUAGUCGGUUUUUAACUGAAGAAUUUUACCACUGCUUCUCUAUUGUAUGGAUAUUCAUUGAUGAUCAGCGGAGAAAUUGCUAGAUUGAGUUCUCAACCUAUUUCUGCAAUGCUUAACCUAGAGAUGAGUCUAGCCAUUUAUAAUUAAUACUUCCCAGAAUACAUCAUAUAAACAACUCCAAUAGAGGAGAAUAACCAAUUAACAAAGUUGAAAAAGGAGACUGAUAUUUAAUAGGAUGUAACAGUAUAAUUGAAAGAAAGAAAGUUUGAAAAUCUAUCUACUAGUAAUUUGGCCAAAGUGGAAUUUCUACUUGGAAUGAGUUACUUCGACUCUCAGGAUUAAGAAAAUGCUUUGAAAAGUUUGAGAAGAGCAUAGAAACUAAUGAUGAGAUCUUAUGGCAUUUUUGCUGAUGAAGUUAUUUCUUUGGUUUUGUAUCAACUCAACAUUUAUGUGUUACAAGAUGAUGUUGGUUCUGUCAUGAAAAUUGCAAUUAAAUAUUCAUCAGAAAUGAGUAAACAAUACAAAUUGGGUAAAUAAUUCAAAAGGAAAUGCAUAGCCAAAUUGUAAUUUAUUAUUGGAUGUAUAUUUCAAUUUUGCGGAUCUUACUUAAGUGCCUUGAGAUUUAUAGAAAGGUCAAAUAGAACUUUAUCUAAUGCUAAACUUAACAAUUUUAUCAUUUAAUCACAUUACUAAGCUAAAAAGAUGGUUCUUAUUGAAUAGGUUAAGAAGGCCUUUCUUAAAAUCAAAAGCAAGCAAUAAUUAAGAGGUCAAAUGGAUUUGAAUCAAUUUUAGAGUCUACAUGAAGUAUUAGGUUCAGCAUUUUAAAAUCAGUUCUUUUGUUAACCAAUCAAGUAUCAUGCCUCUGUUCUCUUCAAAAAGUAUAGUAAAUACCUCUUGUAAGUGCAAGGGUUGAUUAGAAUUGGUGAGAAUGACAAAGCCAUCCAUCAAAUCGAAGAGUUAUUAAAACUAGCAUCCAAAAUCAAAAAGGAUGAACUGUAUGCCUAUUUGAAGGAUAAAUUAGCCUUAAUUACAAUAGAGUCUACUUAAGCAAAAGAUCAAAUCUAGAACGUUUAGAGACUGAUUGAAAUUCAUGAUAGGUAUUUGCAAUUCCCAUAUAAACAAAUCUUCAAAUUGAGAUCGCUUAUUAUUUUGAUAAGUUUAUUUGCAAUGACAAAGGAUCUUAAAAAAUUUAGUGAAACCCAAUCUUAAAUAGAUGAUUUUAUUUAAGAAAUUUAUUAAAUAUUUAAUUGGCAAGUAGCUGCUCCCACUGAUCAUACUGUCAAUUAAGCCAAAUUUGAAAGGCUGAAGAAUAGAAACAAAGUAAAUCUAUUGUUUCAAAUUCAAUAAAUUAUGGAUUUAAUCUAAUAUUUUUAUACAAUCAGAAAAAAGUUAUUUAAUUCAUUUGACAAUUAAUAACAACUAAAAGAAAUCGGAACUUAAGUUCUAAAAAGAUUAACUGGAUAACCAAAGCCUAUUUUCUUGAAAUAUUUCGACAAGAAGUAAGAAUGCUUAUUUGGUGUGUAAUCCUAAGUUAAAAUUAAAAAUACAGAAAAGGAGAAUGAUAUCAUCAAAUUGCAUGAGAAUGAAAAUAAGACUGAAGUUCCUCAAUAGCCUGACUAAGCGGAGGAGUAAAGUAACCACAAAUUAGUAUUUGAUUUAAGAAGUUAUGAGGAGAUUGCCUUAUCUCGAAAUACUUAAAGAAAAAAAUCUCACCAUCAUGAAAAGCAAUAGUCCUAAGAUCUAUAAAUAGAAAAAAAGGAAAUAUUAGAAAUUAAAGAAAUAAAGGAAUCAAAACAUAAAAGAAAUGUAACUGAAGUCACAGCAGCAACCUUAAAUAAGAGUAAAAAGAAACAGCCUCAUAAAUUAAACCCCUUUGAAACCACAACUAAAACCUCAAAGAGAUGA